AUGAAACAUCGUUCUCAUCAAAAGGUGUAUGUCUUUGAAAACAACAUUUACUACCAGAUGGAUGUCAAAAGCAGUUCUUGGAGACUGACGUCCUCGGGACAAGAAGGAGUGGUCUUCAAUGGCAUCGCUGAUUGGUUAUAUGAAGGUAAGACGGCCACUGUUCUGACAAUAUUGGUCAACAAUGGUUGAGAAUGUCCAUAUAUGACAACCUCAGGCUGGAAUUCACCUAUACUGUGUGAACAGUAUAGGUACAUUCCACUACUCUGAAAUGGCUUCCUUUCUUUAUGUCCUGGGGACUGUCUUUUGUAACCACGGAUAGCAAAAAGACUUGACUGGUGUCCAUAGAACAGGAUUCACAAACACACACACACACACACACACACAAUCUCUCUCUCACACAACCCACACAUAGAUAGGGAGUGUAUUUACACUGUACCAUUUGUGGAGACAUGUUUAAUAACUCUAUGACGAUUGUGCAUCCUAUAGGGCCAUUGUUACAUUUAGCUAGAUUAUUGGUUGUUUAGAGCAGCAAAACUAGAAAUGUCCCCAAAUGAGCUAUUUGUACACAUUAUAUUGGGUUGGCCAAUGGAAAGUGAAGAGGCUGAUAAUUUUGUCAUCUCCCACAUGAUUUCUGCCUGCCUGGCACUCCUACUGCAUAAUGGUUCAGCCUCUCCUAUUCCUUCUACUCUAAGUAAUGAGAGAGAGUACAUGAAUCCAUUGUUUAGCUGUACACACGCACAUUAUUAUUCCUGGAGGAAUUAGAAAAGAGAAAAAGAAAAGGAGCUAAAAAAAAGGGAUGAUAUUUCAAAAUAGAAAAGUGUCCUUGCAUUUCUUUCAGAUAAAUAAAAUACCUGUUAUUAGCGCUGUGAAUGUGUUUUUAAAUGCUUUUCACCUCAAUGGCAAAAUUAUUUUGUUGUGUACAGUUUUAUUUAUAUACAGUAAAAUGAUUUAAAUAUUGGCAGAGUUCAAGUGUAGAUUUACCAUAAGCAAUGUUCUAUCCACUUGGCAUAAACCGGUUAUGAAAUAUUCUCCUUUCAUUGUUUUACAGAGGAAGUGCUGCACUCUCAAGUGGCUCAUUGGUGGUCCCCUGAUGGGUCCCGACUGGCCUACCUCAACCUCAACGACACUCUGGUACCCAACAUGCUCCUGCCUCGCUUCACUGGCGCCCUCUACCCCAGGGGCCAACUGUACCCUUACCCCAAGGUAAGAGUUAGGCCAACAAUCCCUUACCCCAAG